GCAAUCGACAGUCUGCAAUUGCUGAAGGCGCGUCUUCGUAUUAAACGUUACACCUUGUUAGGCGUUUUGAACCUCCUGGGUUAUCAAGCUUUGCUACAGACUAUAUCUUUUGACGACUGGAUGUUUUAAGUUACAUAUGCUCAUCACCUUGGAAAGCAUAUGGUUCAUUCGAUCAGUUAUGAAUUUGAAGAUCAAACAGAUAGACCAAUAUGCCAGCGAUGUUCAAAGUCAUUUAAGUCCCACCUUACACUGAAGCAUCAUACUGAAGUCUGUUCUAAUCGUAAUUCGGAGCCAAGAUUCUGCUGUGAGGUAUGUCGAAAGAAAUUUAGGACUGAUAUUCAGUACACCCGUCACAUCUAUUACACUCAUUCACAACGUACAUUUCUGUGUAAAGAAAAAAGUUGUGGUAGAGCAUUCUUAUCAAACUCGCAUCUUAUAGCUCACAUGACAACACAUACGUCUGAUAGACCAUAUUCCUGUCCAGUACAAGGAUGUUCGUAUCAAGCCCGUACAGUCGGUCGACUUGCACAACACAAAAUUAUUCAUGGCCAAGGUCGUCGUUUUUCUUGUGAUUAUUGUGAAUACAGCGCUACCACAUCUUCUAAUCUUCGUCGUCAUGCUCGUAUACACGCUGGGGCCAGGCCAUACUUAUGCCCUCAUUGUCCUCACCGUACUAGCGAACUAGAUGCUUUAAAAAAACAUGUUCUAGACUCUGGUAGGCAUCCGGGUCUACCACUUUAUGUGUGUCCGUGGUGUCGAUCGGAGUCCAGCACAGUCUGCGUUGGUUUUAAUGCUUCAAGUCUCGCAUGGCGACAUCUGCUCAGCGAGCAUUCAAGUGAGAUUAUGAAACCAGAAACACUGAGUCGAAUCGGUCGAGUAUCUGAAAAAUCGCUUUCAGAGCGUGAUGUCACUCGUCUUUUGGGUAUAUAUUGUCCGGAAAUCGACUCAACCCAACCACCAGAGAACACUGCUGUUAGGCAGCCAUCUGUUGCUAGCCGCCGUAAAAACCAAAAGGUAGAAACUCUUGGUAGACCCUAUUUUUCUGGAGAAAAUGAAUUAACGAUUAUAGAAACCAAAGAGUCAAAUUCAUCAGGAAAUAUAAAUCCCGUUGAGGAGGAUAAGAUUAGAUCUUCCCCAAUCCCUAUAAACUAUCAGAAAAACGACGCUAAUGAUGAUCUAUCUUUUUACAAUCUUAUCCAAAUUGGUUCAGGGGCGAUUUGGUCACGUAAUACGGCACAGUAUACUAUGAAUGUUUUAUCACUUUGAUACCCAUCCCAUGCUGUGGUGUCUGUCAUCGGCAGUGAAAACAAAUAACCGUUCUAUGGUACUCUUUGGAAACAUGAGUUCUUCGCAACUGUGCUACUUUGGGUUAUCAGCAGUAUAAUUUUGACUUCAAUGAACUGUGUUCUGGUGGGGGUUCUGUACAUGCCAAUUUCAUACAACUAUAUACCAGUAUGGUUUACAAUAACCACAUGACUAUUAGGUACAUUGAUUCAAUUCAUUUGGUUUCCUCGUACCCAUUUAUGACUAAUUAUAAAACCCCUAUCCGUCUAAUUUACCGCAGAACUGUCUGUCUUGUGUUAAUACGUUUGUGUACAACAGUAGGGAUUAUGCUUCCUACUGCUGAAACAUGCCUAAUUCGGAUCGUCUUGAGUGCUGGUCUCUCCGCGAUUACCGGAGAUUUUAUUGAACACUUUUGGAAAUCACCGGCCAGUAUCUGAAAUACAAUUAUACUGCUAUUCACAACUAUUUCCGGGUUAUUCAUAAAUACAAUCUAUUGGUUACUAGAUAUUUUGCUUUUCCGUACUUCAGAUCAUUUCUGUGCGGUUCAAUUACCGAGCCGUUAAUAUCCACAACAAUAUUUCAUAUGAACUCAUAAUUUUACUAUGUCCAACACCGUCAAAGUAUCAACCUUGUGUUUGACGCUCGAUUGAUUCUAGAUAGUGUUCUUUGAAAUAAUGCAGUGGGAA